CACCAAGCACUGUUAACCUUACACAGCAGACACUGCUGGUCAUUUCCCAGCCACGGAUGGGUUUAUCCAGGAAGGAAAGGGAAUCCUAAGCCAGGAUGCGGCACCUGCAGCAAAAACUGUAGGCAGGUUGGGGAACCAAAGGAGAGGCCUGAGUUUUAAGGAGAGAGGGGGUCAUUUGGAAGCUUUUAUCAACAUAAAACUCCUUGGAGUAAACAGGUUGGAAGUGGGGGCAUCUCAGUCUCUGGGUUUCAGGACUGACUCGCCAAAAAUGGUCAGUGCAUUCAUGCUGGUGAUAACGGUCAUCAAACGCUUUCUCCAAGAAGGCCUUUGGGGGUCUACCUCAGUGGGCCCUGGUUUUCUGAUCGGUGGCUGGUGAGCCAGCCGACGGGGCAGGUGCUGUUCUCCAGCCUCAUGAGCCCUGGGUCAUCAGGUUAACCUGGCUUACCUUCCUGUCCCUAAAGGAGGGUGUGGGGCUUUAGUAACCGAGUUCACCUGUGCACUCUCUCUCCGCCUCUGCACCUCUUUAGCAGAGAAGGUAUGUGGUUUUAGGUCAGUGUUGAGAUCGCCACGCCCCAAUAACAUAACGUGGCCACAUCUGCGAUUUCUUCUUCCCCUGCCUUUAGGGUGGUGGUAAGAGAGGGCUGACUCGUGCCGCUUCUCUUGCUUCCUGUGGAAAUCCCACAGUUCAGACCACUCCCCUGACCACUCCCUCCCUCCUGGGCUGUCCUUGACCCCUGAGAUCCCGCGGGGGUGGUCUGUGGGGCCAGGCUGGGAAACCAGAAGUGAUGCCCGCCCGCCGUGGCUUCUGGUGUGUUUCUGCUAGCUGCUGGGAAAUUAGCAACCUUGGUCCUGCUCCAGCUUGAGAAUGGCUUCCUCGGGACUCCAAACAAAGAAAGAUGACAGUCACAAUGGCCACUUUGUACAGCCCACCAACCCAAACGUGGCAGCAAUGCAAGAGGAUGUCCUCUACCACUUCCACCUCAGCACCAGCACGCAUGAUCUCCCUGCGAUGUUCGGAGAUGUGAAGUUCGUGUGCAUCGGGGGAAGCCCCACCCGGAUGGAAGCCUUCAUCAAGGACAUGGCCAAGGAGCUGGGCCUUGACCACCCGGGCGCAGAAUAUCCCAACAUCUGCGUGGGGACUGACCGCUACGUCAUGUUCAAAGUGGGCCCUGUGCUGUCUCUCAGCCACGGCAUAGGCAUCCCGUCCACCUCCAUCAUGCUGCACGAGCUCAUCAAACUUCUGUACCACGCCCGCUGCUCUGAUGUCACCGUCAUCCGCAUCGGCACCUCGGGCGGGAUCGGUUUGGAGCCUGGCUCUGUGGUCAUCACCCGCCAGGCAAUGGAUCCCUCCUUCAAGCCGGUGUUCGAGCAGAUGGUCCUGGGGAAGAGGGUGGUUCACAGGGUACACCUGGACGAGCAGCUUGCACAGGAGCUGAUGCAGUGUGGUGCAGAGCUGGGAGAGUUCCCCACAGUCCUAGGGGACACCAUGUGCACCUCGGACUUCUACGAAGGGCAAGGGCGUCUGGACGGUGCUCUCUGCUCCUACUCAGAGAAGGACAAGCAAGAGUACCUGUGGGCGGCCCAUGCAGCCGGCAUCCGCAACAUCGAGAUGGAGUGUUCAGUCUUGGCUUUCAUGUGCGGUGCGUGCGGACUCCAAGUGGCUGUGGUGUGUGUCACCCUGCUGAACCGCCUGGAAGGGGACCAGGUCAACAGUCCUCAUGAAGUGCUGGCCGAGUACCAGCAGCGGCCGCAGCGCCUGGUGAGCUACUUCAUCAAGAAGCGCCUUGCAGCCGCCGGACACCCCUGAACCUCUGAAGACUCGAGGUUGCAGUUGCUAUAAAUAAAAUCAACACUCAAGGGUGCCAGGCUGGCUCAGCCCGCAGGAUCUUGACCUUCAGCCUCACAUUGGGUAUACAGAUUACUGAAAGAAAUAAACUUAAAAAAAAAUCACCGCUAAAAUCUC